GGUCAACCCGCCCAAACUGUCAUACUCUGAGGGAGCUCGUUAUUUUACUUUCCCAUAGCUCCAAAAAUUUCUUCUUCUUCUCUCUGUCCGGAGAAUCUGAUUGAAAAGCUUUCUGGGGCUUGUUAUAAUUUCCAUGGCUUGGUGGGAAGGUGUUGAUGAAACCCGUCUUCUGAUUGCAUCGGAUCCUGGGGCAACAGGAAAUGGUGUUGGACAGUUGCUAUCACUUCGCCAUCCAAAAUCAGGAAACAAGACUUGCUAUCUCUUAUUUAAUGGGCUGCUUCAAGAACUUCAUUGGUUUAAGCAAUCUUAUGGAUCUUGGUUUGUGGGGGAUUAUGUUUGUGAAGAUGGCCGCCUAUAUUCUGCAACUCCAGUUGAUCCUGUUUUCAUUAUGCUGCCCAUUUUUGAGGAAGCUAGAAUGAAGAAGGGGGACGAUUCUGGGAAAUUCAGGCAAUUAGAUGAGAUUAUGUUCAUUAAUGGCUAUCCUGGAUAUCAACAUUUAUUGUCUAUUGCAGAGAAUUCAAUGCAAAUCGUUUGUGAAGUCAAAGAAGUUGGAUCAUCAAAGUUUUUUAGACUUGAUGACUCAAAGGUUCUAGCUUGGUUAUACCACAAGAUAUGUGAGCUAAAACAGACACUUUGCACACUCGACAAAAACUAUGCUGCACAACAAGAGAAGGAUACAUUAGCUGAUGCAGUUUCAAUAUUGAGGGAGUACGUAAAAGAUGAGCCUUGGUUGAAGCUUCUGUGUGAUCAUCUGAAGAUAAAUUUAACAGAGGCAACUAGAGAAGCACCAGAAUUUGAGACCCUUUCAGCUGCUUCAGGAAGUAACCUAGGAUCUCAGAGUGCCUUACAGGGAAAAGGAAGUGACAAAAAGAGUGCAAAAACUGGAAAGCAAGCUAAAAAGUUGAAAGUGGAGACAGAAUCAAGGAACAUCAAAGACAUGUUUUCUAGGGCGUCAAGAAGGGGAAAAUGAACCACUGUAACAAAGACACAGAUAUUAGCCAUUCCCAUUACAGUCAAACUGCCUCUGAGCACGUCUUCAUGCAUUGGCAUUGACUCCCAUGCUCUAGUUUUGGCAUAACUAAAAUAUAAGAAAUUGCUAAGUUAGCGUAA